CUAGUAUGACAACCAGCUGACGGAUGUAUCCUUCGUCUCCAAGCUGCUCACGGCUGCGUCGGCGGGAUUGAGCGGACUGAACGGAUUGGGCGGACAGUGAAAGGAUGUUGGGCAGCGUGGGAGGUCGACACGUGUCUACGCGUCGGCGUGGCAGUAUCCCGCUGGUGCGUGCCGGUGUGGGCCUCACUUAUGGCGCCACUUCAGGGACCGGCGGUCUUGACGGCGGCACGUCGCAGUCGGAUAUGCCCAAGUAUGCCACCAGGAGACGAAGAGCCGUCACCACCAGCGAUCACAAAAGCUGCGCCCUCAUACAAACGCGGGUCAAGCUUGGUGAUAUUAUGUAA